UUCCCCAGGUUUUCCGUAGGAUUCCCACCAUGAGCGGCCUCGGCGACGGCUCCGCGGAUCCGGCCCUUCCCGAAUCCCGCAAGCGCAAAGGAUCCCCCUGCGACCCCGGCCAGAGCGCGGAGAAGCGGCGGCGCGAGCAGGAGCAGCGGUACCUGGCGGAGCUGGCGGAGCUGCUGUCGGCGAACCUCGGCGACAUCGACUCGCUGAGCGUCAAACCCGACCAGUGCCAGAUCCUGAAGAAAACCGUGGAUCAGAUCCAGCAGAUGAAACGGCUGGAGCAGGAGAAAUCCGCCGACGACGACGUGCAGAAAUCCGACGUCUCCUCCAGCAGCCAGGGCGGCGUCAUCGAGAAGGAAUCGCUGGGGCCUCUCCUGCUCGAGCCAUGA